CCAGCUGCUUCCUGCUUCUGGGCCCAGCCUCUUGGCUUUUGUGGCUGCACUUAAAGACACUCCCUCCCUGGGGCCCCCUUGGCUUUCCUGAGAGCUCAGGCGGAGGAAGAGACAGAGCUGAAGGGGAGCCACCCGCCUCUGAGUCUGUGCUGCCUUGGAGAGGGAGGUGCUGCUGAGCUCAGCACCCCCAAAUCUCUCCUGGGGCCCUGCGGUUCUCAGGACCCAAUGCUGCUGCUGUCGCUCUGCCCAGGAAGCCUCCACCAUCACCAUCGGUCCCCCACCCCAGCCCAUGCGUCCACCCUGGGGAGAGGACCCCCGACCUGGUGAGAGGCUUUAUGGCCAAGGACCUGCCCUGAGAAAGCUCCAGGAACAGAAAUGAAAAGAUGCUGAGCAAAGAAGCUGAGAAGAAAAGCGGAAGUGGGAGCCUGGAGGCCUGACCCUCCUCCGUUUCCGGGUGGGGCGCUACUGAAUCCUCCUGCCCAGCUGGUGCCUUGCUGCUGCUGCAGGUGACAUCUGUGCAGGAGAGAUGGCUCCGUGGAACUGGGUCGCCUGGCUGACCCCGGCUCUGCUGCUUCUCUGGCUCCCAGGCUGUUUGUCCCUGAGUGGCCCCUCGACCGUGAUGGGCAUCGAGGGGGGAUCCCUGAGCGUGCAGUGUCGGUACGAGGAGGAAUACAUCGACGAUAAGAAAUACUGGGAAAAAUCCCCAUGCUUCCUCUCGUGGAAGCCCACUGUGGAGACCACGGAGUCAGCGAGAGAAGUGAGGAGAGGCCGCGUGUCCAUCAGGGACGAUCCUGCCAACCUCACCUUCACAGUGACCUUGGAGAGGCUCACAGAGGAGGAUGCAGGGACGUACUGUUGCGGGAUCAAUGCACAAUUUUCAGUUGACCCCACCCAUGAGGUGGAGGUGGUUGUGUCCCCAGCACCAGAACCAGGGUCAACCCUUCCUACUACAGUUGAGAUCUCGACAGUCAUACCCGAAACGUCAACGCUAUGGCUCACUACCCUGGCCACAGAGAGUACCACCUACAGCGCCAGCAGCCUGGAGGAGGAAGCCCAGCCCGAGCAGAGCCAGGGGCUCCAAGUGCUCCUGUCCUUAUCUGUACUCCUGCUGCUUCUGCUGGUGGCCGUCUCCCUGCUGGCCUGGAGAAUGGUUCGGAGACGGAUCAAAGCCAAUGAGAAUCCAGAGCUGCCUCAGAACCCCAAUCAGGCUGCUGCGCAGGGCGAGAACUGCUAUGAAAAUGUGGAGCUGUCAAGGUGGCCCCCUUCGGGAGAACCUGCGCCUGUUCAACCCACACAGGGGGAGGUGGAAUACAGCAUGGUGGGAUGGCCCGGUGAAAAUCUUCACUACAGCUCGGUGGUUUUUGACUCUCAGAAUCAGGAUUCUAAGGCCGAUGGAGUCCCCACCCAGACGUCCUGGGAGAAGCAGCCCCUGUACAGCGUGAUUAAAAAGACAUGAGCUGGUGUCUCCAGCCUUGCUGACUGGAGGUCUCCGGGAGAACCAGGACGCCCAGGGCUGGCUCCUCAACCCUCAGCCCUCACCCACGUCCCCCUUCACCUGCUCCCCUCAAUGGUGACGGACAAGGCAGCUGGGGUGCCGAUGGCUGUCCCUCUUGUGCCAUCAGCCAGGCUGGCUUCAUUGAGGACCAGUGGGAACGGGGUUCUGGAGGGACCUGGGGGAAACUUGCAUCCUACUGGCUCGCAAUGCUUCUUCCCUCUCCUCUCUGCUUCGUUCCAGCUCUUGUGUGUGGCGGGCAGGAACUCAGUUCUGUGCAGGUCCAGGAAAAGAAGUGACUCAUGUAGAAUGUUGCCUGGGAACAGCUUUUAAAUUGCAGCCCGGUGGAAAUGUCUGGGGUGGCCAGAGAGUGGGGAGAACCGGCAGAGAGCCAGGAGGAUGCAAAAGCAAGAAGACUGGGUGCCCUUCAUCUUACAGACAAGGAGACUAAGACCCAGAGUGAUGAGAGGCUUGCCCAUGGCUCCAGAACCAGUGGCAGCUUUCUCUGGGCUCUUAGAUAAGCUGGGUUUUUCGGGGGGGUGGGUGUCUUUUUUUUUGCCAUUUCUUGGGCCGCUCCCACAGCAUAUGGAGGUUCCCAGGCUAGGGAUCCAAUCAGAGCUGUAGCCGCCGGCCUCCGCCACAGCCACAGCAAUGCCAGAUCCAAGCCGAGUCUGCAACCUACACCACAGCUCACGGCAACGCCGGAUCCCUAACCCACUGAGCAAGGCCAGGGAUCGAACCCGCAACCUCAUGGUUCCUAGUCGGAUUCGUUAACCACUGAGUCAUGACAGGAACUCCGGCUUGUUGUUAAUAUAAGAGAUAUUAGCGAAGUUUAAAGUUAUCUUAUGAGAGAAGAAAAAAUAUUUAAACAUUGCCUGCAAUCUUGUAUUAAAAGAAAAAUCUUUUUUGAGGGCUGAA